GGGGUCCAAGCAAGCCACUCUGAUGCAAUGGGUGCGGCCCCCCUUGGUAUUUUCUUUUUCUGCGGCCCAGCCCUGCCGGCCCAGCCCUUUAGCCGGCUCGUCCGUCCUUGGAGCCUCCCCAGCUUCCCCGGCCCUGUCCGGCCCCGCCAGGACCGCCAGGACCCACUCUCACAUUGUCCGCAUUGUUUGUGUUCCGCAGGCCCUGGUCGCGGUGCUGUUCGGUCUGCUGGCCCAGACCGGCGCGUACCACGACCCCGAGAGGGAGUACAAGCUCCGCGAGGCGCAGGUCGCCUGCGCCACUCCCGGCCACGCCCUCGGCUUCUCUCCCGCCGCGUACGCCGGGUACGCUGGCUACGCGGGUAGCGCCAUCAGCGGGUACUCCGCCACCGGCGCCAUCUCAUCCUACUCCGCCUCCCCCGCCAUCGCCUCCUACUCCGCCUCCCCCGCCGUGUCGUCCGUCUCCGUCGGACCCUCCUACUCCUCCUACACGGCCACCCCCGCCGUCUCUUCCUACUCCGCCUCCCCCGCCCUGUCGUCUGUCUCCGUCGGCCCGGCUUACGCCUCUUACGCCGCCACCCCUGCCGUGUCCGUGACCAAGGCGUACCUGCCUCCGGCACCCGCCGUCAAGGUCGCCACCCCCGCCUACAGCUACGCUGCUCCCGCUGUGGCCACUUACGCCGCUGCCCCCGCUAAGGUCGCAUACGCCGCUGCUCCCGCCGUGGCCACCUACGCUGCUGCUCCCGCUAAGAUCGCCUACGCUGCUGCUCCUGCUAAGAUCGCCUACAGCUCCGCCCCCGCUGUCUCCUCCUCGUACAUUACUACUGGCGCCGUGAAGGCUUACGCCGCCGCCCCCGCUGUGGCCACCUACGCCGCUGCCCCCGCCGUUCACACCUACGCCUCCGCCCCCGCUGUUGCCACCUACGCUGCUGCCCCCGCUAAGAUCGCCUACGCCGCUGCUCCCGCCGUAACCACCUACGCCGCUGCCCCCGCUAAGAUCGCCUACAGCGCCGCCAACGCCGUGUCCUCCUCUUACAUCUCCACUGGCGCCGUGAAGACCUACGCCGCUGCCCCCUCUAUCGCUGCCUACUCCACCUCCCCCGCGGUGCACGCCUACUCAGCAACUCCCGCUGUCGCUGCCUACUCCGCCUCCCCCGCGGUGCACUCCUACUCUGCCAGCCCCGCUGUUGCCACCUACUCUGCCUCCCCUGCUAUUGCCACCUACGCUGCUGCCCCUGCUAAGAUCGCCUACGCCGCUGCGCCCGCUAAGAUCGCCUACAGCGCUGCCAACGCCGUGUCCUCCUCUUACAUCUCCACUGGCGCCGUGAAGACUUACGCCGCUGCCCCCGCUAUCGCCACCUACGCCGCCGCCCCCGCUAAGGUCGCGUACGCUGCUGCCCCCGCCGUCCACACCUACGCCUCCGCCCCCGCUGUUGCCACUUAUGCUGCUGCCCCCGCUAAGAUCGCCUACGCCGCUGCCCCUGCCGUGGCCACCUACGCCGCCGCCCCCGCCAAGAUCGCCUACAGCGCUGCCCCCUCUGUCUCCUCCUCUUACAACUCCUUUGGCGCCGUGAACGCCUACGCCGCCUCCCCCGCCAUCUCCGCCUACUCCGCCGGCCCCGCCGUGUCCGCCUACUCCGCUAGCCCCGCUAUCUCUGCGUACUCCGCUAGCCCCGCUAUCUCCGCCUACUCCGCCAGCCCCGCCGUGCACGCCUACUCUGCCGGCCCCGCUGUGGCCGCCUACUCCACCGGCGCUUCCAUCUCCGCCUACGGUGCCUCUGGCGCCAAGAUCGCCUACAGCGCCGCUCCCGCCGUGUCCAGCUCCUACAUCUCCGGCGCCCCGGCUGCCGCCGCCUACCACGGCUACGCCGCCGCCGCCCCCGUGCUGCAGUACGCCCAGGCCGCCCCCAUCAAGGCCGUCGCCCCCGCCGUCGUGAAGAACGUGCACUACAAGCACCUCGAGGAAUACGACGACCACCCCAGGUACGCCUUCGAGUACGGCGUGUCCGACCCCCACACCGGUGACCAGAAGGAGCAGAAGGAGCAGCGCGACGGCGACGUCGUCAAGGGAGAGUACUCCGUCGUCGAGCCCGACGGUUCCGUGCGCACCGUCAACUACGUGGCCGACUGGGAGACCGGCUUCCACGCCACCGUCUCGAAGAACCCCCCCAACCACAAGAUCGGUGUCCAGCACUAAGGCCGCUCCGGUCGCGCCCCGUCCUGCACCUGACCGCCGACCAGACCGCUCCAAAUAAUUUUCUCCUCGGUAUAGGCCGACCUCCUGACCAAGUUGUGACAGCCGACGCAAGUGGCUGUGGCUAAACAAUGAUUAUGAGGCUUUGCAAAUCCCGGGUUCCGAUCAGAGUGCAGCGUCACCCACGCGCGUGUCCUAGCACAAUGCGCAUUGUGCGAGAUCUGUUUGCUCGGGCCGCUCGCGCUGCUUGCGCCACGGCCGAACGUCAAAUUGUUUUCUUUUCUGUCACCGCCGUCAAGGCGCGGCCACUUUCGUCACGUUAUUCGCUCCUGGCUGGGAAGUCAUGGAUGCAUACACUAUCUUGCUGGUCGAGCGCACGUCUUUGGGGACCGUUGUUGGCGGAGACAACGUCCAAUGUGAUCACCAAGUUAUAAUACCUAGGACGUAGACAAGAGAGUUAUUUUGUUGGAUAAGUUGUAGCUUUUACGUUGUCGUCCUCAUUUCCAUUCGUCGCCAUUCAUUCAUUAUUGGUUAAGACCACGCAAAUGUGGAACUAGUCUGCUCUCACCGUAUCUUUAAGUGAUUGUCUCUCGCACAAAAACUACGCUAAUGAGGCAUCAUUCUGCACCAAUUAUAUAUGCUUUCAUUAUAUUAAUGAAAGUAACAACUGCACUGUACCCGAUAAUGUACAAAGUCGCUUUUACUACUAAGCCAUUUUGGAUGAAGAUCGAUAGGCUCUGAGUUACCUAUAUUGCCCUGCUCCGAAUGUCGCAGAUUUGUUACCGUUUAUGUUAUGUUCUUUUGUUGUGCGUGAUUGUAAUGUGUUCAUCUACUCGAGUACGCAUACCUAUUAAUAAAGAGCGAAAGCCAUUGUA